AUGCAAAAUCACAAACAUAUACUACUCAUAACACUACUACUACAUUACCUUACAAGAAAGGCCAUACCUUCAAUUACAUGCCCAAAAUGUGGCAAAAUCCCUGUCCCAUACCCAUUAAGCACAUCAGAAACCUGCGGUGAUCAGCUCUAUAAAGUUCGGUGCACAGCCGGCACACUAUGGUUCGACACCCUUAAUAAAUCAUCAUAUAUUAUUACAUCGAUUGCACCAAACACCCAACGGCUAGUCCUCCGCCCACAAGGGUUCUACAAGACCCGUUGCACGAACAUAGAUCUUCAAUCGGGUGGCAUAUGGCUUAACCAAACCUUACCCUUUACUAUUACUGACAGUAUAACUGUCCUAAAGUUUAAUUGCACGGAUUCUACUGUCAACUUAUCGUCUAUGGACUGCACGAAAACUAGUCCGUGCUAUAGUUAUAUGAAUCGGAGUAUAGAGUUAAAUGCUCGGUGCAAGGGUCUAAAUUGUUGCUCUUAUACAACUGGUGGGUCUAAAACAGCUUAUAGAAUUGAUGUUUCUCAGAGUGGUUGUACAUCAUUUGAGAGUUUUGUUGGGUUGAAUCAUUUGUCGAGUCCUGUACGAGGUUGGCCUAAGGCUGGGAUCCAAAUUCAGUGGGAAAAACCUCGCGAGCCUAGGUGCGUGUUUCCGUUGGAUUGCAAAGGUUUGGUGAAUGCUACAUGCUUGCCUGAUCCUGCUAUGAAAGGGUACAAGAGGUGCUUUUGCAAUAAGGGAUUUGUGUGGGAUCCAAUCAAUGGAAUGUGUGAUAGCUUAACAUUCUCAAUAUCUGCCAUGGUGAUUGUUAUAAUCUUUUUUGCACUCGUACAUCAACACAAACAACACAUCAAAAGAGAAGCUCAUCGAAAACUAGUAAAGCAACGCGAAGACAUACUGAAUGCCAACAACCAUGGAAAAUCGGCUAAACUCUUCUCCGGAAAAGAAAUAAAGAAAGCAACAAACAACUUCUCUAAGGAAAAUCUUAUUGGUAUUGGCGGAUUUGGAGAAGUCUACAAAGGUAACUUAGACGAUGGAACCUUAGCAGCGAUAAAAAAGGCAAAGAAUGGAAAUGCGCUAGGAAUGGAUCAAGUCUUAAAUGAGGUUUGUAUUCUAUGCCAAGUAAAUCAUCGGAGUUUAGUCCGACUACUAGGAUGUUGUCUCGACCUUGAUCAACCAGUUUUGGUUUACGAAUAUGUUUCUAAUGGAACACUUUUUGAGCACCUACAUGGACGCUUCUCUAAUGAAUAUGGGACUCUAACUUGGCAUAGGAGACUUUUAAUUGCAAAACAAACAGCACAAGGUUUAUCUUAUCUCCAUUUUUCGGCUGUUCCACCUAUUUUUCAUCGCGAUAUAAAAUCAAGCAACAUACUAUUAGACGAAAAUCUUAAUGCUAAAGUUUCCGAUUUUGGCCUUUCGAGGCUUAUUGACCCUGAGGCUACACAUAUUUCUACUUGUGCACAAGGCACAUUAGGAUAUCUUGAUCCGGAUUACUAUCAGAAUUAUCAACUGACAGACAAAAGUGAUGUUUAUAGUUUCGGGGUAGUUUUAUUAGAGUUACUUACUUCUAUGAAAGCUAUAGAUUUUAAUAGAGAAGAUGAUGUCAAUCUUGCAAUAUAUGCAAGUAAACUAUCAAAUCAAGAUAGAUUGUUGGAUGUUGUUGAUUUAGGACUUAAAACACAAGCUAAUGAAUUAGAGUUAGAGACUAUGACAGCAUUUGGGCUUCUUGCUGUUGCAUGUGUGGAGGAACAAAGGAAGAAUAGGCCUUCAAUGAGACAAGUCACUGAAGAACUUGAAUAUAUUAUUAGCAUUAUUGCUAAAAAUGGAAAGCUUUCUUCUCUACCUUAA